GCUGAUCGGACGCGUCGAUCGGCUUCGUGCAGGUUGUUCCAGCUGCUUCUCUGAGCGGGGUCUGAGUUUCUGGAUCCAUCAUCUGAAUUGUUUUUCGGAUUUGGGGUCGGUCGGUUCUGUUCGGUUCACAAUGAGCUGCGCCGGGUUCACCUGCUCCAAGCACGCGCUGUGCGCGCUCAACAUCCUCUAUGUGAUGGUGAGUCUGCUGAUGAUCGGCAUCGCAGCAUGGGGAAAGUGGUUUGGUCUGGUGUCCAGUUUCCAGGUGGUGGGAGCUAUCAUCGGUGUAGGUGUCUUCCUCUUCUUCGUGGCACUGGCCGGCCUCAUUGGCGCCAUGAAGCAUCACCAGGUCCUCCUCUUCUUUUACAUGAUCAUCUUAUUCAUGGUGUUUAUUGUCCAGUUCUCGGUUUCCAGCGCCUGUUUGACCAUCAACAGAGAACAACAGGACCACCUGCUGGAGGUGGGCUGGAAUAACUCUGAGAGCACUCGGAGGGAUGUGGAGAAGAGCCUCAACUGCUGUGGCUUCAGACAUGUGGACCCCAACAGCUCCUGUGAUGCUGCCUGUUUCCACAACAACUCCUGUCUGCCAUGCGCAGAUAAGAUUCAGGAGCACGUCGGAGAGGUCCUCCACUUUGUAGGAGGAGUCGGCAUCUUCUUUAGCUUCACUGAGAUCCUGGGAGUGUGGCUCACAUAUCGCUACAGGAACCAGAAGGACCCCCGAGCCAACCCGAGUGCUUUCCUGUGAAACAAGACCAUCUCUGGUCUCCUCAGCACUUCUCUGAACUGACCUGUAUGUUUCUACUGCAGCCACUCUAUAAUACUGUGAUGCAUUUGGUUUUUCCAGAGAAAUCUGCUCUGAAACAGUUCACUGGGUGUAAAGAAAUGAUGAACAUGCUGCCGUCAGCAUCAGGAGCUGUCCAAGGGUUUUACUGACAACCUGUAGGUGUAAGAAGAAGGAACGCUGACUGCAGCCAGUUUGUUGUCCAUUAUAAACAUAUUUAUAUAAACAUAUUAACACAGUCGAAGACACUGGAAUUUAUGUCCUUUCCUGUUAAUCAUUCUGUGCUGAACGCAGUAACACCAACCACAUCUCUGUCAUGACAAAACCCGGUUUCACCCAGUUCUCUGUGCAGAGAAGAGGUGUUUGGAAUGAUCUCAUGUGAGAAUAAGUGUGUGUGCGUGUGUGUCUUCUUGUGUAUUUGUGUAACUUGUUCAGAUUGAAGCUUCUGUUUCAGAGCUGCAGUGGUGACUGAAUGAAAUUCCUGCCUGAACAUUUUUACUGUAAACUUAAAUAAAAAACCUAAUGGAAGAAG